AUGGGCGAGGAACAUUCCCCAGAGUCGGUUGGCCGAGUGUGCGACCGAUGCCGUGUUCGAAAGGUAGGCUGUGCACUUAUCAACGUUUGUACAGUGACUAAAAUUGAAGGGAUAAUAAGAUCCGCUGCGAUAGAUUAUUUCCGUGCUCCAAUUGCCGAACUGUCCAAAAAGCCUGUAGCUUGGUUGGAUCUACGCACGGGAUACGGCAAUCCAAACAAAGAGUCCUCAUCUCCUCACAGUAAUCGCAUAGAGAACCGUCUCGAAGGUAUUGAACAGCUCUUGCGUAGGGCCUUUGAUGAAGAACCUAGCAGUAGGAGUGUUCCGAGACCUCCCGCGUCGUUCCCCACGGACUCAUUCAAUGUCUCCCAAGACUUUGGAGACAGCAUCGUCAAUGGACCGAGCCAUGUUGAACCAGAGAUGGCUUUGGAGGGCAGCAGUUCUAUGAAGGCUGCUACAGUAUACGCGAGCGACUUCUUUCAGACUGUGCUUGGACAGUCCCCUGCCGCUGAUACGAGUACGAACGUAAACGCUGCAUUGUCGUCGCUGAAACAGAUGAUCGAGAUUAAUAGCUACCGCUCCAUGGCGGAUCGAAUGCCGCCGAGUCGAAGAGAGACUCAGAAUGAUGGACUACGAGACCUGACAAUGCCGCCUCUGCAGUCGGUCCUCAUGAUUCUCCGAGAAUUGAAAGAAACAAAAGUGGCCACAUUGACCGUAGUCACCCUCUUCAUCUCCAAAGACAGACUUAUCGACUGUUGCCGAGAGAUAUACUUCGCCGUCGACAACUUCUCACUUCCUACAUUCUUGAUCGCCAACGCAACCCUUCGUUAUCUAUUUCAGGAAAAGGCCCAGGCGUCACAGGAUCCGUUAUCUCGUGAGGAAUAUCGCAAGCUGUCUCAGCUGUGUCGGGACAACCUCGAGACCGCAAUGAAUAAGUUCAACGUUCUCGCCCCGCCCAGUCUAGAGAAGGUAGAGGCUUUUAUCUUGGGGGCCAUUUACGCCAUCGAAGUAUCGCAGCCAAUGGUUGCUUGGCAACUCGUAUCUGCUGCAGCAGGGACUUGUCAGACUCUUGGAUGGCAUCAAAUUGUCCCUAAGAUGGAUAGCGCCACUGAUCGGAAAAUCGCUCUCUUCUGGUUUACUUACCUCCUUGACAAGGGUCUAUCUUUGCGGCUGGGUCGACCGGCUGUUAUACACGAUGACGAGAUUACGCUACCGGAAAGAUUUGACAAGGCAGACGUACCAGGCGGAUGGAGGGACUUGCUCACGCAAUGGAUACGCCAUUCUCGACUCGUUGGUAGGGCCUAUCAAGAUCUGUACAGUCCGUCUGCGCUUCGAAAAUCAGCGCAAGAACGUGGCGAGCGAGCAAGGAAUUUAAUGGCAUCACUGAAACGAAUCAUGGAUGAGUCGUUGAUACCACUAGGGAAAGCACACCUGAUGGAACGCAACACUGUGGACUUUGGCUCAGCACCGAAUAGAAUGAUCAAGACAGUUCUGAAGGCUGAUGAGGUAUGGUACUGGACCACUCUGACGUUUAUACGCAGAGCUAUCCCUUCAACUCAAGGCGGGCAUGGUGCCGUUAGUCCUGAGUGUCUGGAGUCUGCUAGGAUGGCCUUUGAAGCGCAUGGGGAGUGCAUGAGGAUGACUGACCCCAGCUCAGAGACAAAGGCUCUAUAUCUGCUAUGGACGAUUAUCUAUACCCCAUUCGUGCCGCUAAUCGUUGUAUUCUGCAAUGUAAUCGAAACUUCCAAUCCAGAAGACAUUCGCAUGCUCGGUGAAUUCUGCGAAUCGCUGAAGCCACUAUGCGGCAUAUUCGAGGCCAUCCAGGAGCUACACGAUCUUUGUCAAGUUUUGUAUAACCUGGCAAUCUCAUACGUCGAAGCGAAAACGCAAAGUCAAGGGGGUCCUGAUAAAAUGGUCGAGGAUGGGUUCGAUGCUCAAUCGAAUGGCACGCAAGGUGCAGUGUCGUUUAGUAGCAGCUAUUUCGAUACCUUUUCUGUGGGAUCGGGUAUUCCGGCACCUCAACUGAAUGAUCAUGUUGCACAGGUUAGGGACUGGAUAUCGGGCAAUAUGCAUUGGAUGGAUGUAUCGCAAGAGGACUUCUCAGAGUUCUUGGCACAAAUAUCAUAG